UUAGUAAUGGGGGAAGCCCGAAGCCCGAGUAUACGGUGGCUAUCAAGGAUUCAAGGCUAAUAAAGCCCUCUACAAUGCGAAAUUUGAGAGGAGAAAGCACUGAAAGCAGGAAGCAUCUUGGGAAAUUAGAGAGAAAAAAAUAACUUUGUCAAUGAUGAUGUGACGAGCAUCCCCCACUAAAACCCACAUCAUUGGGCCACCAUAAGAUCUUCCAAACUCAUCGGAAGAAUAACUCCACCUUUUUCCCCCACUCUGCUCUUGGUGCAUUCCAAAGCUACACUUUUUUCUUUGUUUUUAUUUUAUUUUUAUUUUUAAUUUUGCUUAAUUCUUUCGGAAAAUCCCAAAACUAGGCCUGUGCUUGUUGGGUGGCUCUUGAUUAUGUGUUUUUUUAGGUAAAUUUUGUGUUUUUGGGGUGGGGGAUAGUAUUGGGAAUCUUGUAGAUUAGGUUCUCCAAGUGGGUUUUGCCUUUUGAGAAAUGGGAAAUGUCAAUGGAAGAGAAGAUGGAGGUGGGAGCCCAUCUACGGUUGGGGUGGAGGAAGAGGGUGGUGGUGAUGGUGGUGGUGGUGGUAGUGGUGGUGCGCACCAAAACAUGGCUACUCGGCUUGAGACUCACGUUAGCUAUCAUGCAUCUAGUGGGUCGCCUGAGCUGAUGGGUCAAUCUCCUCCUCACAGCCCUAGGGCUACCCAGUCACCUCUGAUGUUCACUCCUCAGAUUCCAGUCAUUCCACUGCAAAAACCUGAUGAGAUGCUCAUCACAAACCAUUCGUGGAUGCAAGCUUCUUCAGGAUAUGAAGACAUGUGCAGUGAGCAAGGAAUUCCAACUAUGAUUACAUGGAGCUAUGGUGGCAAGGAAGUAGCUGUGGAGGGAUCAUGGGAUAAUUGGAAGAUAAGAAAACCCUUGCAGAGAUCAGGGAAAGAGUUCACCAUUAUGAAAGUGCUCCCCUCAGGUGUUUAUCAGUACAGAUUUAUUGUUGAUGGACAAUGGAGGUACAUUCCCGACAUGCCAUGGGCCCAGGAUGAUGCAGGCAAUGCUUACAACAUUUUGGACUUGCAGGAUUAUGUUCCUGAAGACCUUGAAAGCAUUUCUGGUUUUGAACCCCCACAGUCCCCAGACUCGAGCUAUAACAACUUGGAACUUGGUUCUGAGGAUUUUGCAAAGGAGCCACCCCUGGUUCCUCCACACCUGCAAAUGACACUGCUCAAUGUGCCUUCAUCUGCGGUGGAGAUUCCGCCUCCAAUGCCAAGACCUCAACAUGUAGUACUUAACCAUCUUUACAUGCAGAAAGGCAAGAGCGGCCCGUCAGUGGUGGCACUUGGUUCAACAAAUAGGUUUCGAGCCAAGUAUGUGACAGUUGUGCUGUACAAGUCCUUGCAGAGGUAAAAUAAGGUAUCUGGUCCAAAGUUGGAGUCUUUAAAUCCCCUUUAGGCAAUUGAUAUAUCUCGUGAAGAGGCAAAAUGUUGUGUUAAUUGCUUAAGUAAAAAUCUGAAGAGUCAUAUAAAAAACCUUGGGUAUUAUGCACAUAAUGCAAAUGCUGGAUGGCCAUCUGUGAUGUAUUUACUUAUUCCUCCCUCUGUACUGUUCAGCUGCUCUUUCCACUAGAAACCAUCAAGACAGACAAAAAAAUUUUGCAUUCCCAUUGUUAGAAAACCCUUAUAUUGCAGCAGAGGAAAAUAAACUUUAUUGGUGAAUUUCAUUUUAA